AUGAAGCUGCUCUCAGAGGCCUGGUUGGGUUUAUCAGGGAGCCUAUCUAAUGUCCUCCUUCUGUGCAUCAUUGUCACAGGGUCUCUUCUACUUCUGGACUUCACAAAGCGCAGGAAGCCCUGGCCUCGCUACCCCCCAGGCCCCCCUUCUAGACCCUUUCUGGGGAAUUUGGCCCAGAUUAGCUCUAACGGGCCCCAUGUGUCCUUCAGCCAGUUUCAGGAGACAUAUGGGGAUGUAUUCAGUCUGCAGAUUUUCUGGAAUAACAUGGUGGUUAUUAAUGGCUACAAGGCUAUAGAGGAAGCUCUUCUGCACAAACCAGAGGACAUUGCUGACCGGCCCAGAUAUCCCCUCUGUGAAUAUUUUGGAUAUGCUGGGAAGUCUAAAGGGCUGUUGUUAGCAGAAUAUGGCAGACUAUGGAAGGAGCAGAGAAGAUUUGCACUAUCUACCUUAAGGAACUUUGGGAUGGGCAAGAAGUCACUGGAGGAGAAAGUUGUAGAGGAAGCCGGUCACCUGUGCUCUGCAUUUGAGUCUGAGCAAGGUGGUCCGUUUAACCCGCACUUCCUGGUAUAUAACGCUGUCAGCAACGUCAUCUGCUCGAUCACAUUUGGGGAGAGGUUUGAAUAUGAUGACGACAAGUUCCAGAGGCUGCUGAAGCUUUUUGUGCAGACCCUAAAGAAUGAAUCUGGACCCCUCGCUAUGUUGCUGAACGAGGUCCCCUUCUUGCUGAGGGUCCCAGGACUCGCUAACAAGGUUCUGUUGCCUGAGAUACAGACACUUCAUAUUCUCCAGGAGAUCGUGACUGAGCACAAGAGAACACGGGACCCAGAGCACUGCCGAGACUUUAUUGAUGCCUAUUUGCAGGAGAUGGAGAAAGUAAAGGGAGAUGAGGAGAGCAGCUUCAAUGAGAAGAAUCUGCUGUUGACCACAUUGGACUUAUUUAGUGCGGGCACAGAGACCACCUCUGCCACCCUCAGAUGGUCCCUACUCUUCAUGCUCCUUUACCCUGAGGUGCAGGAAAAAGUCCACAAGGAAAUUGACCAAGUUAUUGGAAGGAACAUGAGACCCACAAUGGGUGAUCAGUUAAAAAUGCCGUACACCAAUGCCGUGAUCCAUGAAGUCCAACGUUAUGGUGAUAUUUCUCCUUUAGCCGUGCCACACAGGACCUACAGAGACACAGAGAUCCAAGGGUUUUACAUUCCAAAGGGGAUGACGGUCACUGUUAAUCUGUCCUCAGUGCUUAAGGACAAAAAGCUCUGGGAGCGGCCGCUGCAGUUUUACCCGGAGCACUUUCUGAAUGCGGAAGGGAAGUUUGUGAAGCCAGAGGCGUUUGUACCGUUCUCUGCAGGGCGCCGGGCUUGCCCAGGAGAGCAGCUGGCACGUAUGGAGCUUUUCCUCUUCUUCACGACUCUCCUGCAACAAUUUACUUUUGAGAUCCCAGAGGACCAGCCCCGUCCUUGGGAGGAACCUGUUUUUGAAGUAUCCUUGAGUCCUCACCCCUUUAAGAUGUGUGCGAAACUAAGACCAUAACUGAGUCUUGUGCCUCACUGGUCACGUUAUAGCAGCUGCCAGCGCUGAGGAGUACAGAUCAUAUGGUAGAUACAGAAAGCUGUCAGAAGAUGGGCUAAAGUAUAAUAGCAAUAGUAAUAGUAAUAGUAAUAAUAAUAGUAAUAGUAAUAAUAAUAGCAAUAAUAAUAGCAAUAGUAAUAAUAAUAAUAGUAAUAGUAAUAGUAAUAAUAAUAGUAAUAGUAAUAGUAAUAAUAGUAAUAAUAAUAGCAAUAGUAAUAGUAAUAAUAAUAGUAAUAAUAAUAAUAGUAAUAAUAAUAGUAAUAAUAAUAGCAAUAAUA